AUGUGUAAUAAGUACUAUAUUGUGUAUUGUAUAUUAUUUAUUAUACAAUGUGUAGUAUAUACUGUACUAUAUAUAUUGGAAUAUUUUAUUAUUUUUUUAUUAAUGGCUUAUAAUAGAGAAGUAUUAAAGUUAAAGGAUUUCCAAGGUGAUCCAUUGGAAUAUGAAGAGUUCUUCAGAAGAAUCCUUUAUAAUAUGAAUAGUACAGAUAUACAACAUACUGAAAUAGUUAAUGACCUGCUUUUCUUAUUUAAUACUAACAGGAGUAGUACAGUAAUAGAAUGUGCUAUUAAGACUUUAUACGCUAUGUGUAUAAAAUUAUCACCAAGUAUGAUAGUCCCUGUGAUAGAGAUAGGCAGUGUAUUAGAGACGUAUUCCUUAUGUAUUAAUAACUACACAGAAAUAAACCAGAAUGAGUACACAGCCUGGAUAGAGUUAGUAAGACUUAUUACACAAUCUACUAUAAUUCAUAGAGAGUGUGUAUUUAUUAUGGUAUGUAGAAUAAGUUUUAUUGAAGAAAUAAGAAAAAUGGUAAAAAUUUACUUAAAUGAAAAUAUUUCAAUUAAUUCAAUUAAAUUAUCAACGGUUAUUUUGAAAUAUAAAAAUAUUUUAAAUGAAAAUGAAAUAUUUUUAUUACUAAAAAAGUACAUUACUCUAUUAGGAAAUAACGACAUUUUUAUAUCUAAAGAAUCUUCUUUUUUUAUUAAAGAAUAUUCUAACUGUAAUAAUAUAGAUAUAUACAGUAUAAUUAAAGAAAACCAGUUAGAUAUAAUCGAUUCAUUAGAUAAUUACAUAAGGGACAUAUUCCAGCACUUGCCAUUACUUACUAAACAAUGUGUAAUAAGUACACUAAAAACCACAAAUUUAAUUAAAAUACCGUUAGAAAUAAAAAUAUUUUAAAAAUAAAAACAAAAGAUAAUAAUAUAUCAAAAAAGACCGUUAGAUAUAUAUUAUUAAAUGAGGAUACAGUAGAAAAUAAUCAUAUAAUCAAUAUUAACUUAUCAGAUGAUUAUUACAGCAAGAAAGACUUAUCACACUUAUUAACAGAAAGUAAACCACACCCAUCCUGUAUAGAAUAUUAAUACAAUAACUUAUUACACAAUGUACAUAACUUAUUACACAUAGC